AUGGCGCAAGCAAGCCCUCGACAGUUGAUGAACACUUCAUGGACGGUACACCGUCUUUCUCCUUUGCAUCAUGGGAAGGAAUUUCAAACCCUCCUAGGUAAUCCGGUCGCUCUAAAGACUUACGCAACGCGAUUGCGAGAUCAACUCACCGGAGAUGUACUUGCUGGGCUUCAAGCCGGGGUAGGCGCCGCGGAUGAAGAUGCCUCCUUGUCAAAGACUGGCGCUCUCAAGGAAUGCACCUGGGAAAUGUUAGCAAGAUGGUCUCAACUUGAUGAUGAGCAAGCCAAUUCGGACUCGUACGAGAAUGCUUUUGGAAUUCUAGUGGUGCUGGAAUACGAGAACAUCACCUACAAAGCCGCUUUGCUGGCGGGGCCAGAUGACUCCCGCACGCAUGAGAAAGACUCAACCUUUCUCCCAUUGCUCAUGACACGGCUUCCAAAUGCGCUCCGUCAAACGUUUACUUCUUUCUUGUCUACGAACUUUGACAGUUACUGCUCGCUCUUGCGUCUACCGUCCAGCUUCAUGAGCACCGGACUAGAGGUCUAUCUUAACGUGUUCACGUCGAAUACCUCCCAGCGGUCCAUCCUAGAAGAUGUGAUUAAAGAAAUGCAGCUUACUCUUUCAUUCUCGCCAUCUGUUGCACCUCAACUGAGAACACUCAACGUCAAUAUUCCACGCAGCUCCUGCACGAGCUUCAUCAAUAGCGGCAAUCCAACUUCGAACUCCGCCAACAGCCCCUUCUUGACAGGUCUCUCUGCCUAUCUAGAGAAACACCUAGCUAUGAAAUUAGACCUGGGCGACUCAUCCUCUAAGAGCCAUAAACUGGCAAGACAACACGUGCGCCUUUCCAAAAUCGCAUGCGGGGGUUUUGUUCUGGGUAGCGAAGGGCGAAUGAAGCUUGUCGGUUCCCCAGGCCGUGCUGAAAGCGCAAACGAAAAACAAAACGAUGAAGAACCUCGGAGUGAAAGGGGUCAGCUCAUGCUACGUGCGAGUGAGGCUCUCCUUCAGUCUGUCAUACAGAGGGCUGUUGCGGGUGAAAGUCAAGCCACAUGA